UCGUCUUAUGUCAGUGCUCAGCGAACGCCCGCGAGACUCGCAUCCUUUUCCCGCGAAUUCUAUGGCAGGUGUCAUUUACGCGCCGACUGUGAUCGAGAAUGCCACGUCGACUGGCACGCGCUCGCUUGCCGAAAUAAUCGUCGCGCUCGAUUCUGAGGCGCGUAAUAGGUGAUGUGGUGAACUGCCUUUGAUUCGUUGCAGAUACCGCGAUUCUCUCGGGAUGACGGCGCGAGGAUCUCACGCUCGGCGGAUCGGAGGUGUCUUCUUUCACGCUUCUCUUCUUGGAGUGAUCAUAUUGUUGAUCUGUCAAAAUGUUGCCAAGGCGGAUGAAGUUCCGGCGUUCUUCUUGAAAAUUGCCAAGAUACCAACGUUGCCACGAGUCGGCAGAAGCGGAAGAUUCGAAAAUUUCUUUUACAAGGCCGAAAAGCAUAUUCCUCGGAUUGGUAGAAAUAUUCAAGAUCAGCAAGACACUUAUUCUGGUUUAAAUAAAAGACGCAUAGAUUAUCCCCCAAAAGCGGAAGACUGGUCCUGGCAAAACUUUCCUCUCGCGAUAGAAGGACCAAAAGAAUUAUGGCGAACAUUAGCCGGAUAUUCAAGGGAGGGUGAUGAUAUCGAGAACGAAGUUUGGCAGAGGAAGAAAAGGACUGGAACUGAAGCAGUGACCACGCAAGAAAAAUAGUAUAGACAUAGUAAUUCUUCAUCGCUUCGGAAACGCUAAUAUCAUUAUGUGGUCUUUGCUGAACUAUGUGGUUAUGGGAAAUAAUCAAGAAUAAAUACUUAAAUACAAACUGUGGUUUCGCUUCCAUUCUUCUUUUUUUUGUUUGCUAUAUUUAGAGAAUUCGUGUAUCAAGAUAAUUCUAAAUAAAUAAAUAAUCCUUUUAAUUAAGUCAUAAUUCUUUUUACGAUAUGAUAUGGCAUUGUAGUAAUAGUAAUAUCUACGUAAAAUUUGAAAAUUUGUAGAGAAUAAAUUAG